CAGCCUCCUCCCAGCCCCAGAUAACACACAGCUCAGCCCCUCGUUCCUGUACAGACAGACUCUGCGUCCUCCACUAUUCCCCUAUACAGGAUUUACUCAACAAGAAGACUCCCAAAGUGUAGGCAGCUGCUGGGACCUUUAUCCAUCAUACUAAGUAUCCAACUUCUAAACGACCUGCUUCCCUGGGACACAACUGGCACUUCUGUUCAACUAUCUGCAUUCCUGGGAUUCGUCUAACUUUCCUGUUCAACUACCGGCAUCCCUGGUACUCAACUGACGCUUCUGUUCAACUAUGGGGGCACCUGACCCGUCUGUUCACCUACUUGUGCCCCUGGUGCUCAACUGACCCUUCUAUUCAACUAUCUGCAUCCCGGGGACUCAAUCGUCCCUACUGUUCGCCUAUCUGUGUCCCUGGGACUCUCCUGACUCUUCUGUUCAACUAUCUGCAUCCCUGGGACUCAACUGAUCCUAUUGUUCAACUAUCCGUGUCCCUGGAACUUAACCAACUCUUCUGUUCAGUGUUCAACUAUCUAUAUCUCUGGGAAUCAACUGACCCUUGUGUUCAACUAUCUGCAUCCCUGCAACCCAACUGAUUCUACUGUUCAACUAUUUGAAACCUUGGGACUCAAUCAUCUACUGUGUCAACUAUCUGCACCCCUGGGACUCAACUGACCCUUCUGUUCAACUCUCUGCACCCCUGGGACUCAACUGACCCUUCUUUUCAACAAUCUGCACCCCUGAGACUCAACUGACCCUUCUGUUUAACAAUCUGCACCCCUGGGACUCAACUGACCCUUCUGUUCAACUCUCUGCACCCCUGGGACUCAACUGACCCUUCUGUUCAACAAUCUGCACCCCUGGGACUCAACUGACCCUUCUGUUCAACUCUCUGCACCCCUGGGACUCAACUGACCCUUCUGUUCAACUCUCUGCACCCCUGGGACUCAACUGACCCUUCUGUUCCACUCUCUGCACCCCUGGGACUCAACUGACCCUUCUGUUCAACUCUCUGCACCCCUGGGACUCAACUGACCCUUCUGUUCAACUCUCUGCACCCCUGGGACUCAACUGAUCCUUCUGUUCAACUCUCUGCACCCCUGGGAAUCAACUGACCCUUCUGUUUAACAAUCUGCACCCCUGGGACUCAACUGACCCUUCUGUUCAACUCUCUGCACCCCUGGGACUCAACCGACACUUCUGUUCAAUUAUCUGCACUCCUGGGACUCAACCAACUCUUCUGUUCACCUGACGGGACAUCCCAUCCAAGUAAUGAAGGCGGCAGGAAAAUUCUACCUAUCAGCCAUGAUUUUCUUACUUCAAGCACAGCUUGGCACAUCUCUCAACCCAAAUGACCCCAAUGUCUGCAGUUACUGGGAAAGUUACACCACAGCAGUGAAGGAAUCGUAUGCCCAUCCAUACAGCCUGUCUACUUCUGAUUCAUGUGACGGUAACUGGAACUACUUCAAGAUAUGUACACCUCAGAAGAUUAUGUACCGGACUGCGUACCGCCAUGGUGUAAAGCUCGACUACAGAAAGCGCUAUCGAUGCUGCCAAGGAUACUAUGAGAGCAAUGAUAUCUGUGUUCCGCACUGCCUUGGAGAGUGUGUGCACGGCCGAUGCGUGGCACCCAAUCAAUGCCAGUGUGAGCCAGGCUGGCGAGGAGAAGACUGCUCCAGUGCUUGUGACCCACAUCUGUGGGGACCCAGAUGUAACUAUUCCUGUCAUUGCCUAAACAAUGGGAUUUGUGAUGCCAUUUCGGGGUCCUGCAUCUGCCCUCCGGGAUACAAGGCACCCUUCUGUGAGAAGCCCUGUGAACCAGGAACCUAUGGAGCAAACUGUUUACUGGACUGCCAGUGUAAGAAUGGAGCCAGCUGUGACCCUCAGAAUGGAACUUGUCUUUGUCCAGAAGGGUACACGGGACCUUAUUGUGAGCUUAGAUGCACAGAGGUUCAACCAUCCACAUUUCAAUGCCCAGAGAACUGCCCCUGCCAGAGCGGAGGCAUCUGUGACCAGGUCAAUGGAGAGUGCACGUGUCCACCUGGAUGGAAGGGUCCAAUAUGCUCCAUCCCGUGCCCACCUGGAUACUAUGGUUCUGGCUGCGAGCAUGAAUGCAACUGUCAUAAUCAUGGUCAAUGUGACCCAGAAAGUGGGCAGUGCCAGUGCGCUCUAGGUUACACAGGAGACCGCUGUCGGGAAGAGUGUCCUAUAGGAAAGCAUGGUCAGGACUGUGAAGAAACCUGCAACUGUGUGAACGGGGUGCGUUGCUUCCAUAUCAACGGGGCGUGUCUGUGCGAAGCUGGCUUCUUUGGGGAAAACUGUGAAGACCGAAUGUGUGUGGAUGGCAUGUACGGCAUACACUGCAACAUGCCCUGCCAGUGUGACCCUCGGCACACUAAGAGCUGUCACCCAAUGUCUGGAGAAUGCACCUGUAAGAGUGGCUGGGCCGGUCUGUUCUGCAAUGAGACCUGUCCUCAUGGUUACUACGGAACCAAUUGCCAGGAGCCGUGUUUGUGCCUCAAUGGGGGAUCCUGUGAUGGUGAGACUGGCUCAUGUCAGUGUGCCCCGGGAUUUUCAGGAAGUCAUUGCUCUAUCUACUGUCCUGAUGACACCUAUGGGGACAAAUGUUCUCAGGAAUGCAACUGCAAAAACUACUUGGCCUGUUCCCCCAUCGAUGGAACCUGUGUGUGUAAGGAAGGCUGGCAGAAGGGUGACUGCUCAAUACCUUGCCCAAAAGGAAUGUGGGGUUUCAACUGCAACAGGACAUGUGAGUGUGUCAAUGGGGCCUCCUGUAGUCCAAUCACGGGGCAAUGCUUCUGCACCUCUGGAUGGUUUGGGAAGAAAUGUGAGUUACCAUGCAAGGCAGGUAGUUUCGGACCUGGAUGUAGCCAGCGGUGUGAAUGUAAAAAUGCAGAUGGCUGUGACCCAAUGACCGGGAAAUGUAGAUGCUUAACGGGAUGGACUGGCAUCUACUGUGAGCAGACUUGCAAAGAUGGAUUUUGGGGAAGGAACUGUAACAUGUCCUGUACUUGUAAGAACGGGGCAUUCUGCUCUGCUGAGGAUGGAUCAUGUACCUGCACUGCUGGCUUCGAAGGACCAGAAUGCGAGAACAGUUGCCCUCCAGGUCGUUAUGGGAAGAAAUGCACCUUCGCCUGCAAAUGCUCCAGCAACUCCACCUGUAAUUCCAUUGAUGGCUCCUGUAUAUGUUCACCUGGAUGGAGAGGCAGCGACUGCUCUGAGGCCUGUCCUCCAGGAUCUUGGGGAAAAGACUGCUCCAGCAGCUGCAAUUGCCAGCAUGGAGGGCAGUGCAGUCCUGUAGACGGGUCGUGUAAAUGUUUGCCAGGAUGGACUGGAAAGACUUGCUCUCAAGCAUGUUCACUGGGACUUUGGGGGAAGGACUGCGCUAACACCUGUUAUUGCCAAAAUGGAGGGCAUUGUAGUCCGAUUGAUGGAACUUGUGUCUGUUCUUCCGGAUGGACUGGAAAAAUGUGUUCUGAAGUCUGCCCCUUGGGAUCAUACGGAGAAAACUGUGUAAACAAAUGCAGAUGCCAAAAUGGAGCAGAAUGCGAUCACAUGAAUGGGAAGUGUUCCUGCCUGCCUGGAUAUAUUGGUCCAUUCUGUGAUAUUAAGUGCCCUCGUAAAACCUAUGGCCUGAAAUGCCACCAGCCCUGUGACUGUCUCUAUAACGCCACCUGUGACCAUGUGACGGGUCACUGCCAGUGUGAAGCAGGCUGGUCAGGUACACGCUGUGAGAAAGCUCCCGCCAUGGAUGUCACUAUAGUGCCGAAGACUUCAAUAGCCACAGACUCCAUUGGACCCAUGAUCGGCAUCAUCGCCUUAGUAAUCUUGGUUGUGGCGCUGAUCGCGUUCUUCCUAGCAUACAGACACUGGCAAAAAGACAAGGAGAGCCGUAACUUAGCUGUGGCGUAUACAUCCAAUAGGCCGGCCAGUGGUGAAUACGAAGUACCAGAUGUACCACCCAGCCACAUGCACUACUACUCAAACCCCAGCUACCAUACGCUUUCUCAGUGUGGCCCCACCCUGCCACCUAUACCCACCAGCCAUGACAGGCCCGGUUCUAAAAAGAUGAACUGCAAUCCUCAUUACUCCAAUGCCAUGAAUGCUGAGAGGGAACGAAUGAGCGGCUACGGUCCAGAUUACAACGCUACGCUGCCAGCUGACUGGAAACUUCAGGGGGCACCUAUGAAUCACAAAGGGAGGCAUUGCAUGGAUAGAAGUUACAGUGCUGGAGUUUACUAUAACAAAGGAAAUGAUUAUGUGAAAGAUUCUGCUCUCAGCUUAAGUAACAGCUCCCUGAACAGUGAAAACCCAUAUGCGACCAUUAAAGAUCUCCCUAUGACGAUGCCUAGAACAUCAGAGGGAAAUUACAUGGAGAUGAAGUCCCCAGUGCACCGAGAAAUGUCAUAUGCAGAAAUUGGACUGUUUGAUGAAGAUGCCAUGUACCAGGUGGACUCCCAAGAUCAAGAUAGCUUCCUGAAUGGUGCGGCAGCAGCUUCCACCAGUUCCCCCCGGAAUAGUCUCCCAAUGAACCAUUACGACUCGCCUAAAAACAGUCACAUUCCCAGCCAUUAUGACAUGCCACCAGUCCGGCAAUAUCCCCCGUCUCCGGGAGCAAAACGCAAAACGCGAUGAAGGCUUGAAGAAACUUUUCUUGACAAUUGCUACUUGUACCUCCUGGGACAUCAAGUUUGAUGCUUACAGUGGAAUUUUGGGAUCUCGUUUUCUGCUGGCAUGACCUCUGCAAUCUGUACAGUCUUUUUUUUUGUUUACAAUGACUUUAUCAUUUUAGUACUUAAGCCGGGUACAAUACAACUGAUUGUAGAUGAAUUUUCACUGUGAAUGACUGCAAUUAUGUAAAUAUAGAUAUUUUAGGCUUUUGGAGACUGGUCUCUUUAGAAGCCAAAGAAAGACUUUUAUGAAGGUAUCUACCACUUUUUAUGGAAAAAAAAACUACAAUAGUGGAUUCAAGACAACGGGAAAGAAAUCAAAGUAUCGGUCUUCUGUUUCAUGAUUUUGAUUUUAUUGAUUGAGAGUGGAUUUUUCAAGAACUGCAGCUGUAUGUCAAUAAGGUCAGACUCUUGUUUUUAAAGUCUGAAUCGGAUUUAUUUCCCAGUAAAAACUAUGUAAAAAUGAACAAAUGUAGAAGGCAACUUUCCAAGGUCUUGGGAUUAAAAGUCUGUGAAACUGAAAAAACUCACAAAUUUCGAUUUCUGGAACCAACUUUCCUAAGCCAUGCAACAUAAAAUAUGUUCUGGAAUUAAAACGUCCAAACUCAGCCUUUGCAUUUUAGAUUUUUUCUAUAUUAUUGUGAAUUUUUCAGGGGAUUUAAAACAGAUCAAUGUGCAGUAUACUAUGGGAGUUCUUGCAAUUUCUUACAGCAAAUACCUAAAUUGUACAAUUAAAGGAUAACUGAACCCAAGAACAGAAAUGUAUUAUAUUGAAACUCACUGGUCCUUAGAUGUGGUGUCUGCAUUAUUUUUAAAUUUUCGGGGGAAAGAAUAAGUACAAUAAAUACCUGUUGAUCUUG